AUGGCUACCUGCCACACCUGUAACAACAAGUCCAAGCAUAACGGCGUCAACAGGGACUUCAUGACCGCUCUCUCCAAGAGCCACGGCACCCCCAUGAGCGCAGGCAAACGCAAGACUCCCCAGUCCACCAACAGAACCAACGCCAUGGGCAUCCCAAAGUCUGCCUCCAAAGACAAGACGCCCUGCAGUACGCCAAGGUAAACAAACAAUACCAGGCCUCCGGUACCUCAAAUGUUACCCAUUUUAUUUGUAGAGGCUACAUCUCGCUUAGGUGAAAAUCACAAUUUUAAAGGACUUCUUGAGAAGUGAGGGCAAUAGAUGGUAUCACUCAACUGAUGGACACGGUGUGGUCACUGGACACACCGAUUGGCACGUGUGUUUUUCUGUUGCUCAUUAGAAAAAAUUGAUUUCAGUCUUGGAGGUGUGUUUCCUGACCAAUUCCGCAUUUGGUUAAUGAUGUUUGACCCCCAUGAGACACUGUAGAAGCCUAUUUUACUUCCUCAAAAUCCCCAGAAUGAAUCUAAUAUAACUCAAUUAUAUUAUAUAAUUAAAUUAUAUGCCAUUUAGCAGACGCUUUUAUCCAAAGCGACUUACAGUCAUGCGUGCAUACAUUUUUGUGUAUGGGUGGUCCCGGGGAUCGAACCCACUACCUUGGCGUUACAAGCGCCGUGCUCUACCAGCUGAGCUACAGAGGACCACACUCAAGAAAUCGGUAAUUAAUUUUGACAUUUUCACAGAGGAUGUUUUAGUUGAGCAAUUUUACAUCUAACUAAGUUGUUUGGUGCACUAUUUCUCAAGUAAAAAAAUGUGUGAAGUGUUGUCUUAUGUAAACAAAGUCAGAGCUGCUGGGCAGGUCUGUCUCUCUGUCUAUGCUAUUGGAUAGAGAGCAAUCACCGCAGCUGUUCACCCCAUGUUAGUGGGCUAAUGGACAUCGUCCAAUCAAAACCCAACCUUCCUUUAGCUGUUGUGACGGACGGAUGUUCCAAACUCCAUUUUAGACGAGACUGACUUUAUGAUGAAAAUUAUCCUAUUUACACUUCAGUCAAUUUUGACACUAGAAUAACUGUUUCUGACUCAUAUUGAUGCCACAUAGGUCGUUUUCAAAGGGAUUCGUUGCUUUUUAAAGGCAGUCGCUCUUUAACCUUUAAUCAGUGUCAGCUUGCAGAUUCUGACAUGACAGUAUUCCUAUAUUUCUAGAUCAACUGAGACCACCGGUUCCUCCUCGGCCUCAAAGCCCGCCAGUGUGAAGAAGUCGGCCUUCUCCCGCCUCAAGAGGUUCCUCAUGCUGGAGGACAACCAGAAGACCAAGACCAAGGGAGGACUCAAAGACUUCCUCUCCUCCCUCUGA